AUGCUAGACUGCGGUCUGGACAUGACAUCCACCCUGAACUUCCUUCCUCUACCUCUUGUGCACAGCACACGCCUCGCUAAGCUGCCUGGAUGGGUGUCAAAGGAUGGGAAUACACAACUGGAGAAGGAGCUGAAGGAGUGUUCUGGCCGGGUGUUUGUGGAUUCCGUACCGGAAUUUUGUCUACCAGAGACGCAGCUCAUAGAUCUGUCUACUGUAGAUGUGAUCCUAAUCUCUAACUAUCAUUGUAUGAUGGCACUGCCAUACAUCACCGAGCACACGGGAUUCACCGGCACCGUCUACGCCACCGAGCCCACUGUGCAGAUCGGCAGACUCCUCAUGGAAGAACUAGUUAAUUUCAUUGAGCGCGUUCCGAAGGCACAGUCUGCCACCAAGUGGAAACAGAAGGAGGAUCAAAGACAGCUGCCGGCCCCUCUCAAGGAUGCUGUAGACAUCUUCACCUGGAGAAAGUGUUACACAAUGCAGGAGGUGAACUCGGCUCUCAGUAAAAUCCAGCUGGUCGGAUAUUCACAGAAAAUAGAACUGUUUGGCGUGGUGCUGGUGACACCGCUGAGUUCUGGUUAUGCCCUUGGAAGCUCUAACUGGAUCAUCCAGUCUCAUUAUGAGAAGGUGUCAUACAUGUCUGGUUCCUCUCUUUUGACAACUCACCCGCAGCCGAUGGAUCAAGCCGCUCUUAAGAAUAGUGACAUUCUGAUUGUGACCGGUCUCACCCAGAUUCCUACGGCCAAUCCAGAUGGCAUGGUGGGCGAGUUCUGCAGCAAUCUCGCAAUGACCAUACGUAAUGGUGGCAAUGUGCUGGUGCCGUGUUACCCCUCUGGUGUUAUCUAUGACCUGCUGGAAUGUUUGUAUCAGUACAUCGAUUCUGCGGGCCUUUCCAACGUCCCUUUGUACUUCAUCUCCCCAGUGGCCAACAGUUCCCUAGAGUUCUCACAGAUCUUUGCAGAGUGGCUGUGUCACAACAAACAGACCAAAGUCUACCUACCUGAGCCACCUUUUCCUCAUGCUGAGCUAAUCCAGACUAACAAGCUGAAACAUUACCCCAGCAUUCACGGAGACUUCAGCAAUGACUUCAAGCAGCCGUGUGUAGUGUUCACCGGGCACCCCACCCUGCGAUUUGGAGAUGUGGUGCACUUCAUGGAGCUCUGGGGGAAGUCCAGCCUGAACACCAUCAUAUUUACUGAGCCAGACUUUUCCUACCUGGAUGCCUUGGCCCCAUACCAGCCGCUGGCCAUGAAGUGCGUUUAUUGUCCAAUUGACACCAGACUUAACUUCAUCCAGGUGACAAAACUGCUGAAAGAAGUUCAGCCUCUGCAUGUAGUAUGUCCCGAGCAGUACACUCAGCCACCAGCUGCCCAGUCCCAUCGCUCUGACCUCAUGAUAGACUGCCAGCCUCCCCCCAUGUCAUACCGCCGUGCUGAGGUGCUCGCCCUCCCCUUCAAGAGGCGCUAUGAGAAGAUCGAGGUCAUGCCAGAGUUGGCUGAAUCUCUGGUGCCGAUGGAAAUUAAACCUGGCGUCUCCUUAGCUACUGUGUCUGCCGUUCUGUAUACAAAAUAUAACAAACACAUCCUGCAGCCUCCUCCGAAGACAGCACCGCCUCCGUCAGGGAAGAAGAGAAAGCGAGCCGCAGAGGAGAGUCCAGAGAGCCUGCCAUUCAAAGCUCUGUUGAGUGGCACCAUUCCCGUGGAGCAAUUUGUACAGACCCUGGAGAAGCACGGGUUCAGCGAUGUGAAGAUAGAGGACACUGCGAAGGGUCACAUCGUCCACUUACAAGAGGCCGAUACUCUCAUCCAGUUCGAGGAAGACUCCACCCAUAUCAUCUGCGAGCACGACGAACGACUCCGGGUUCGUCUUAGGGACAUGGUACUGAAAUUCUUGCAGAAAUUUUAG